UCCGAAUGAGAAGGUUCUCAUAAUAUUGGACGAUCUAUGGAAAGAAUUUGAUCUGAAGGAGGUUGGAAUUCCCUCGGGAGAUGAAAGCAGAGGAUGCAAGUUGCUGCUAACAUCGAGAUUUAAAGAUGUUCUGGAGCAAAUGAAGUGUGACACUCCCAUAUUUCCUCUUACAGGUUUAAAGGAUGAUGAAGCUUUUGAGCUAUUUGAAAAGACAGUUGGCGACAAGCUCAAAGACGACGAGGAAUUUGAAAGUAAUAGCGCAUCAAGUCGUCAACAAGCUCGCAGGUUUGCCUCUUUCGAUUAUCUCUGUUGCAAGCACUUUGAAACAUAGCAACGUGCAUACAUGGAGAACCAUGUUGAUAAAAAUAGAGGAGCCGAAUGUGGAAACCAUAGUGAAGUUGAGUUACGACCAUUUGAAGAGCAAGGAUGCCAAGACUUUAUUCUUGCUCUGUGGUCUUAUUGGCGGGACCAUUCAAGUCGAAACUCUGCUGGUUCUAGGCAUGGGUUUGGGCUUGUUUGAGGAAUUCAGAAGGACGAUGCAAGCUUCGAGGGAUAGAUUGAAUACUAUACUCGAUGAACUCCGUUCCGCUUGUUUGUUGCUGGAUGAUGGUAAUGACAAGAACAAUGUGACCAUACAUGAGCUGCUGGAUGAUGAUGACUACAAGAACAAUGUGACCAUACAUGAUUUUUACAGCGAGGUGGUUGUCUCAACUUCAUUUUGGGAUCAGAAUUCUUUGAUGAUGAACAGCAAUUAUGGCUCGUGGUCAAAGGAAAAGCUUGAGAAAUGUUGGGCUAUAUGCCUAGCUGAUGUUGACAAAAAGAGAUUUGAUGAACUAAUGAUGUGUCAGUUUCCUGACUUGAAGAUACUGAUGUUGUCUCAACCAAAAGGCUGGCGUUGGAUGGGAGAACACGAACAUGAAGUGGGAGAUUGCUCGAGACUACUAGAUUUCACAUACAUGAAGGAGCUCCGUGUCCUAUAUUUUCAUUCCAUGCAUAUCACCAGUUUACCUCCCUCGAUUGGAAUCCUCGGGAACCUCCACUCUUUAUACUUAGACUGUUGCGAUGUGAAGGAUGUGGCAAUUCUUGGCAAGCUCAAAGCAUUGCAGAUUCUCAGCUUCGCACAGUCCACCAUUUCUCAGUUGCCUAAAGAAAUCGGGAACUCAUAAAUCUAAGAUCGUUGAAUCUAAGCAAAUGCUACUACCUUGAAACAAUUGCGCCAGGUGUCCUAAAUCGCUUAACCAACUUGGAAGAGUUACAUAUUUACCACUUUUCUCAAUGGAUGGGUAAUGAUCAAAUACCGUUAGGAUCAUGUAAUGCUAGGCUUGCCGAGUUGAAGAGCUUGACAAAGCUAGCAUCUCUGGAAAUAUCGAUUUCUAAUCCCAUCAUACUCUUGGAGGAUGGUGACCUACCAUUUGAGAACUUGGACAAAUUUCGGAUCAAAAUAGGAAAUGCUGGGGGUGGAAAUAUGGAGGUUUGCCAACCAUGGGGCUCAAUUUGAAAGGGUGCGAUAGUAUUCUUUUGAGAAAAUGGGUUAAGAAAAAUCUGCAAAAGACUCAAUACUUAUAUUUAACCGGGUGUAGUGAGUUCAAAGAGAGCCCUCGCGAAUUGUGCACCCAAGAAUUCCAAGAAGUGAAGCGUCUCCACAUUGGAGACAGCCCCUCAAUCAAGUACAUUGUCAAUUCAUCCAAUGACCUCCCUCUCACUGCUUUUGGGAAGUUAGAGUCUUUUUCCCUUGAUAAUCUUAUUAAUUUGGAGAAGAUAUGCCACGGCCCCAUAGUGCUAGAGUGCUUCAACAAAUUGAAAGAUGUGAGGGUCGUACAAUGCAACCAAUUGAAAUACUUGUGGCGUCUUUCAGAUGUGCAAAACUUGUACGAUUGGAAGAGAUUAACAUGUCUGAGUGCAGCUCAAUGCAAUCCAUUGUCACACAUGAUGCAGGAGAAGAUAUAGUUUCUACCAAUAACAGAGUUGAGUUGCCUAACGUACGUCGUCUGCGAUUGCAUGAGUUACCAAAUAUGACAAGCUUUUGUGAUACUUCAAUUCAGGUUUCAUUGCCUCACUUGGAAUCCCUCAUAAUGGUUGGAUUCCUUGACCCAGAAAAGAUACUCUACAGUGAACCUUCAUUAAAAUACAGCAAUCUAAGAUCGCUAAUGAUAAGAGCAUCUAAAUCCGCAAGGAAGAGUAUUCUGAAAUUAGAUUGGAUUUUGAAGUUGUCGAAUUUGGAAUCAAUGUCACUUGGGAGCUCUCCAUCAGCAGAAGUAGUUUUUGACCUGGAGGAGCUAAAAGUCAUCGAAGAUGUCGAGAUUUGCUCUCGGCUAACGAAAUUGACAUUAGAGGAAUUACCAAACCUGCAGUGCAUGUGGAAACAUGAUGUAAAAUUACAAGGAAUAUCGAUAUUUCGAAACCUGAGGGACCUCUUUGUCUAUAAAACGGGGCUGUCAUUUCUCUUUUCGGUGUCUGUGGCUAAAUGUUUUAGAGAAAUUAGAGUCAUUAGAGUGUGGGACUGUCAAAAUAUGAAGGCAGUGAUUGUGGAUGAAGAAGGAAGAAACGAAGGGACAUAUGAUAUUAUAGAGUUCCCACUACUGGAGCAUCUAUCUAUACGGCAAUGUCCAAUGGAGAAAUUCUUCCUAUAUCCUCAUGGAAAGAAAGAGCCAGUAACCACUACUUCAAAUUUGCAAGAUGCUUACUUCAAUUCCUUCUUUGAUCGAAAGGUUACAUUUCCUAACAUAACAAAACUACAAAUUGGUGGCCUUUUGUGCCAAGAGAUAUGGAACAAUCAAAUUCCCACCGAUUCAUUUCAGAAGUUGGAAUCUCUUGUAUUGACGAAGUGUGACAAUCUCCAAAGUAUUGCUACUUCUUAUAUGUGGAAGAGGUCGCAGCGCCAUCUUGAGAUCCUAAAAGUGAUUUCAUGUCGUUCGAUCAAGAUCAUAUAUGAAGGUGAUGGGACGGAUAUAGAGAGUGGUAAAUUGAGGAGCCUAGUUUUGUGUGAUCUUGAAAACUUGAGGUGCAUUUGGCAGUCCGACAAGUUCCCAAACGUCCCAUUCCCAAAUUUGAGAGUCGUAGAGGCCGUGAGAUGCCCCCGUUUGGAAAUGCUUUUCCCUACCUUCACUACGAAAUUUCUCGGGCAAAUCGAACAGCUGAUAGUGGAUUCAUGUGAAGAUAUGGAACUAAUUGCUGGCCAUGAAAAAGGGGAAGAAGCGACCCACACGACAAUCACCUUCUCCAAAUUAACUGUUCUAAUGCUUGUCAAGUUGCCGAAAUUCAGGAGCUCCUUCUUACCUGAGAAAUACUCUCUGAAAUUCCGUGCUCCGAGGACUUCCCGUCCUUGCAAAACUUGAGUGUAAAAAGCUGUGGAGCAGAGCCGGACCAAUUCCUCGGUCACUUGGGAGUCCACCAAUUAAUUCGAAGCGGGGACAUAUAUUCAAAGUCGGACCAAGUCAUUGGUCCAUGGGAUGCCGACAGUAUAGAACGAGAACGUGGCAUGCUAUUUUAUAGGACGUGAGGAACCGUGCCUUCUGGAGUUCCCUUGAUCUUCGUUCCUUGUUCAUUCUCCCUCUCCGUCGCCCCUCCAUCCACCAACAGCCGCCGCCGAGAGUCCAUUGCUGGCCACCACACGACAUGGCACGCUGAGAAGGGAGAAAGAACAGAGAGCAUUGAUCGAAGGCUCUCGGUGAUUUCGAUUGAAUCCUUUCCUCUCACUUCGCUGCUUGUCGUCACCGCUUCCCGAUCACCACAUGUUCCACUGCUGCGAAGAAGUUCUGUAAUGCCGGAGUGCUCGAACUUCGGUCACGACUGCCUACUUCGACGAUUCCAUCCCUUGAUGUUGCUUCUGUUAUCUCCUUACUCCUGUCUGAUGUCAAUCGCUAUAGGUAAUCGUUCUCUAUUCAACUAAACCAUAUAUGCUCCGUGUCUGUGUGCAAAUCGAUUGUGAUUGAAGGGUUGUAUUUAUGAUUUGAAGCAGUGCUCCUCGGCCGAAAUUAAUGUAUGCAACCUGUUUGAUGAAAUUCCUGAAUUAAGUCGGUGUGUAUUUUUUAUUCAGUUCUUGACCGAGAAUUCCCUUGAUUACUAGAUUGUUGAUCUAUACUGGUCAUUUAAGCAUAUUUGAGUUCUGUUUCUUCAU